AUGAUCAAAAAGGAAGAUAAGAUUAUUGUUGUUGGUGCCGGAAUAUCUGGGCUUUCCACUGUUAUUGCCUUGGUCAAGAAAGGAUAUAAGGAUAUACAUCUCUUUGAUAAGCGGAACUAUAUCAAGCAAAAGUAUAGUUAUUUUGAUGAAUGUGACAGUCCAUCUUCCGAUCUUAACAAAUUCUUCAGAACAGCUUAUGGAAGUGAGGUUUACUAUCAGGAUAUGGCUAUUCGAAGUCAGACUAUUGUGAGGCAAUGGAACAAACAAAUUAAGGAAGAGAACUGGGAGGGUGGAGAUCCUAUCUUGAUUGAAAAAGGUAACCUUUUUUUGACGGAUAAUAAGGAGCUUGAUGAAUUUGGAAAAGCAACGUUGAAGACCCGAGGAGACGGCAAGAUUAUUGUAUUAAGCGAUCCUCGUGCUCGCGAAAAGGCAAUGGCUUAUGGAUUGGAUCCUUGUGUUGCCGAUCCAUUUGGUUUGAAAAAGCAAGGGAAGACUUUUCAAGGAAUUAUCGACGUUGAGGCUGGAAAUAUCCUUGCUGACAAAGCAUGUCGAUGGAUGCUUUACCUUGCCAAACGAGAUGGUGGGUCACGAUUAACUCUACAUUUAGGUAAAAGUAUUGGUGAGGUGGAUCAUUUAUUAGAGAAAUGCACGUCUUCUGGGAAGAAGAACGUUGGAAUCUGUACAAAGGAUGGACGUUCGCACUAUGCUCCUCUCACCAUUGUCUGUGCUGGUCCUUGGCUUACAGAGUUGGUUCCAGAAUCGCAAGAGAAGGUCGAAGCUACAGCUGGUUCUGUUGCAUUGGUUAAAAUCACGGAUCCAAAACUUUUGGCCAAGUAUGAUGAGAAUAAGUUUCCGAUUUGGUCUUGGAAAACAAAAGAUGCCGGUAUCGCUGCUGUUUUCGGUUUUCCAGUCAGUCAAGGUUGGAUGAAGAUUGGUUUCCGUGGCCUCAAAUGGACAAACCCACAACCAGGAUUGAAUUCAAAGAUAAUUACGAAGUGGAGUUCACCUGAAACGGAAACGAAUAUUCCGUUAUUCGCUUUGAACUCGAUGAAGUUAGUCAUCAAAAAGUUUCUGCCGGAAAUCAAGAAGAUCGAUUUAACAAGAAUGUGUUGGUAUGGAGACACAGAGGAUAAUAACUGGUUGAUUGACUACUCCCCAUAUCAUGAAGAUAAUUCUUUGUUUGUUGUUGGUGGAGACUCAGGCCACCUAUUUAAGAUGCUUGCCGUUAUAGGUGAUAUAAUCGUUGAUCUCUUGAACAAUAAAGGUGACACAUUUUUGGCAGACUUAUUCUCUUGGAGUAGGAAGAGAGAAAAGAAAAAUAUUAUUAAUAAAGGUUUGGAUGAUCCAAGAGCACUUCAAAAUGUGAAAAUGGCAUCCCCCAAGGAUUGGUACAUAUUCGGUGAUUCCAAGUUAUGA